CGGUCGUGAUUGGUUCGACUGGCAUUGGAUAUCCCCCUGGGGUUUCCCACGUGUGAGUUGGGCUGCUGCCUGUUGCCCACGUUCUCCACAGCGGGAAGAGUCGAAACAAAACGGACGUUAUCCGCCUUAGCCUUCAACAGCACAUUCCACCAUCACGGAGCUGAGAGCUAUUAAUAGACCCGGUUAAGCGACCUCGAUAUCGAUGCAGCACAGCCUCCUUCCAAUCUCUUUUCAAGCCAUCGUGAGAUCCUGCUCGAAAACCAUCCAGGAGUUGGCAAAAACUUGUAGAAUCAAUGACUUCAACUACCCCUGAACUACGAGGGCCAGUCGACAAUGAUGGAAGGUGGAAUCAAAGGGAGAUGCGACGGAAAGGUCAGAAUAGGUGCAUGCAAUUGUCUCGAAAGGGAUGGUCGUCGGCUUAUUGGCCAGACCAAACAACCCUGGGAAGUCAUUGCAAUUCACAACAUGUGCCGGAGUCAAGACGACUAAAUAAAUAUCUUAGGAAUCCACCUGAGAAGUGUUGGUAUUGAUAUCAAGGGUCACAUUAACCAAAAACUACUUCCUCCAACCAUAUAACAAGCUAUCCAACUUCUCAUUUUUCACUCGGUUUGUCUCUCUUGCAAACAACUCACCAGUCCAUUCGAUCACAAUGAUGUCCUGGAAGCGUGUCGUAACGCUUGCGCUGCUCGGUACACGAGCCGCAAAGGCUCAGAAAUGUACAUUUGACUCGAUCACUCCAUCUCGAGACCUCGUCUGGUGUGCAUGUGAGGGUCAAUUCUUCUGUGCUAAACUCGAUGUUCCCCUUGACUACCAGAAACCAGACCUGGGCAGAGCGGCUAUCGCACUGGUCAAGCUCCCCGCCGCCUCUGAGUCCCCGGACGGCGAGUAUCGCGGCAUGAUCCUCAUCAACCCGGGAGGACCUGGCGCUUCUGGCGUUGAACUGGCCUUGUACAAUGGUUCCACCAUCCAAUCUGUGGCCGGCUCAAAUUACGACGUCGUAGGCUUUGACCCCCGAGGCGUCGGACUCACUGAGCCGCGACCCAACUGUUCCGCAGGCAUACUGCUGCCCCGGGACGGUGAUCUUUCUCAACGAGAUGCCCCUCGGUUCGUCGAUAGGUACUACCAGGAGUUCAUCGACUUUGGCAAGGAGCUCGGCGAGCGGUGCCAGGCACAGGCCGGUGCCGAUACCGAAGCCGGUCCGCACAUGACCAGCGCGGUCACCGCUCGCGACAUGGUCAGCGUCGUGGACGCCUUUGCUGCAACCCCCGACGGCGAGCGUGCAGCUCUGAACUCCAGCCUGCUGAAUUACUACGGCAUCAGCUACGGUACGUUCCUGGGUCAGACGUUCGCGUCAAUGUUUCCCGACAGGGUCGGUCACCUCGCCAUCGACGGACAAGUUAGCCCGGAGGGGUUCCAGUCAAACUUCACUUCGAACAGCGUCAACCACAUCGACGGCGUUUUCGGGGCCUUCUUCGUGUACUGCCACGCCGCCGGGCCUGCCUGUACCUAUUACAGUGGAAGCACGGCGAUGGAUAUCUUCGAGAGGUGGAACGCUUCGUUCGUGCGGCUCCAGGCACGAAGGGCAGAGGACGAAGGCUGGUCAAACGCCACGGAGAUCGCCUCAGCACUGGAAACAUUAAAAUACGUCAUUCUCGACGCGGCGGUUGGGCCGGUGGGCGGGUUCGUCAGGGCCGCGGAUGCCUUCGUAGACUUGGAGAAGGCUCUUGCGUCGGGCUCUCUUUCAACUUGGACAGAGAAUACCAACCUGGUAUUUAACUUCAGGGGCAUCGAGGGUUAUUCAAGUGGGAACCCCGAACAAUCUCUUGGUGUCAUGUGCUCGGACCAAAGCAAUGUUUUGUACGGGAAGUCGCUGGAGGAUAUUCAACCUCUCAUCCUCGACCUACAAGACCAAAGCAUUGUCGGAGAUAUCUGGACGACGGCGAUGCUUGGGUGCCUCGGAUGGCCCAUCAAAUCCGACGACGUGUUCCGCGGGCCGUAUGGGGGCAACACCUCCCACCCGCUACUAUUCAUCAGCAACACUUUCGAUCCCACCACACCCAUCGACAAUGCCAUCGCAAGUAUCCCGAACUAUGCCAACGCUCGGAGUCUCACUGUCGACAACAUGGGUGUAAGUCGAAGAAUCUCACAGACUAGAUGCCUUCGUGCUGACUUCUUCAAGCAUAGCGUUGCAGCAUCCGGGGCCAACUUCUGUGCCUACGGCGCCAUUCGGUCCUACUUCCAGGAUACAAUGUGUGGCAAGGAGCACUACUGCCCAGUUGAAACAGGACCGUUUGGCGUUUUGCUGAACGGCACCAUCCAGCAGAACCUGGAAACGGCAGGGCUCUCCAACCUACGCAGCUUGUACUAA